GUGUGCCCCCGCAAGGGUUUUCUCUCCGCAGGUCUGGCUUUGUUCUGAGGUAAUUUAAUGUAACUAGCAAACAGUCUGAAUAAUAUGGCCAUGCACGGUCUUUUCUUGGCUGGGAAAUGUCUCAACUGCGUCGGCAGAUUACAACUAUUUUUGUCGAAUGAUCACAGGGCUUUGAUUGGCCUGUACAGCACAGCGGCAAAGCAUUGGGGAACAGGUGAUAAUUGCAAUGGUGAUGACACCACAGAUGACUCCAGCCAUGCGAUGACCAAUGUGAGACUGCUGGAGAUGAGGGCCAGCAAGCUGGAGGAGCAGGUCAGGGAGCUCACGGAAAGAUACAAAAGGGCCAUGGCUGACUCUGACAACGUUCGAAAAAGAACUCAGAAGUUUGUCCAAGACGCCAAGCUUUUUGGGAUCCAGAGUUUCUGCCGUGAACUGGUUGAGGUGGCUGACCUGCUAGAGAAGACUACAGACAACCUGCAGGAAGAGGAGGGCCAGAGGCUGGCUCAGGUCCAGGACAGGCUGCAGGGGAUCUUCACAAAGCACGGCCUGAAUAAGAUGAGCCCUGUUGGGGAUAAAUACGACCCUUACCAGCAUGAGAUAGUGUGCCACACUCCUGCUGAGGGAGGGGAGCCCAGCACCGUUACUAUAGUGAAACAGGAUGGGUACAAGCUCCACGGACGCACCAUUCGUCAUGCCCAAGUGGGCAUCGCUGUGAUGAAGCAGGAGCAGGACUAGGGCUUGUGCUAGUCUCUGCCCUCGCUGUAGUACUUUACUAUUGGCACCUUACAGUUCUAGUUUUGCAGCAAUACUUUCAGUUUUUGAAUGAUUUUAAUAUUUUAGUGUGUUGUUCCAAUUUGGUUACUUUCUCAUUAUGUACAGUCAUGUAUAUAUAACAAUUUAUUUGACCCUUUUUCUGUAUUUUACAAUCUGAAAAUAAUGGGCUUGUUCACAUUCUUCUAGAAUAUAAUAAUUUUUAGAUUGUGCCUAAUCAUGUGAAUGUGUUGGUGUUUUCCAUAAGUGCCGGUCGUCGGCUAAAUAAGACUCAAUGUAAGCCGGCUACUUCAUAAACUAACUAGGCUUUUCAUUUAAAAGUUUCAAUUCGCUAGUCAGAAAGUCUGUAUAGCCUUCUCCCACUUGAAUGAACAACAUGCAUCUUCUAGUGACUUAUUGAUAGGACAGGUCAGUCAAAAAGUGAGCAAUGACAGGGAAACUGAUGGUUUGUCAGUCUGCUGUCUUUCCCAGCUCUCAGUACCUAUUAUUUUUGUACAUUGGUUGGCUGCAGUCUAAUUUCUUUUCACGGAUGAGGGAGAGCAUGAUGCUUAUUUUUCGUCUCCUGUGAGUGAAUUAACACGUCCCAUAUAAAGUGGUAACAAUGAAUUGAAAUCCACUUAUUGUUUCAUGGCACAUUCAUUUUUCUUGUGCGUGUUUCAUAGGCCAAUACAGGCGCAUAGGCUAUUUACUGUGCUUUGAUUGACGACCGAACUGCAAGUGUUUACUAGUUUAUAAAAGGUGUCGAACUGACUGAAUAUAGUCAAUCUCCUAUAUCCCGUUGCUAUUCAUAAAUAAUACAACGUAAGUUAUAUGUCCAUUGUUUCGCAUCGGGACAAGGAAACAAAAUAUCUUGUUUUCUAUUUUCCUAGGAUUCGUAGCCCAUGUCAAGACUUGCCAGUGUAGUGAUGGGUUGUUCGCGUACGAAUGGCUCUUUUCGAACGGAUUUGUUUGGUGAACGGAAACAAAUCGCCGCCUUUCUUUUGAUCCUAUCAGUAUUGACACAUGCUCGAACGAUGCACUUGGCGAAUGUUCUUUCUGCGUGGUGUUUUGGGAAACGUUACAUCUUUGGUUGUAGGAAAGAUGCAUAGUUAAAACACACGUAAGCCUAAGUUCCAUUGGGAAACCGGGCCCUGGGAGGUAAAGUUGUUAAAGUAUUCAAUAAUUUAGCUGUGUAUUUCGGAUUGAAUCAGGGUAUUAGAAUGUACCAGAGGGCACCAAAAUAGAGCUUGUUUUGCAAAAAAAAUCUCAGGGGGCAUGCCCACCUUGACCCCUCCAGCCCGGAUCUCCCUGGCUGGCUGCUUUUUCUAUUUGGCUGGCUACUCCAUGUACUUACGGAAAACACUGGUGUUAGCUAUUUUACUAACAUUUAAAGAUAUGUAAAGGUACUUGAGGAUAUUGUUAUACUGCAUAUUUGCAUAAGACCUGGUUGAUGAAAACCUUUUGUUUACUAAUGUGAAUGGAAGAUAGGUUUCUUUUAAGGACCCCUUGUGUUACUGUGAACGUCUCUGGUUUCAGGUCCACAUACAUUUCUCCCACAUUAUUAUGUGGACUGUGUACAUUUCUGGAGGUCGCAUUAUUCACACUGCACUUCGGAAUUGUUUUUCUUUUUCUGUAUGUGAGCAAGUAAGAAUUAAGUUCUUGAGAGAAUCUGUUCUCUUAAGAAGUUUGAGAGAAUCUGUGAUAUUACAGGAUGGGAUGGUUACGUAGAAUGUGAUGUGCUGUUACCUGUAAUUGUCCCUUAUGAUGAAGGUGGCACCUUUUACAUUGAAAAUGUUGGGAUUUAUGUAUUUAUAUAGACAAAUGUUUGUUUAGCAUUACCCAAAGAGUAUUGUGUGUGAUGCAGCUACGAAAUAGGUUCAGGUAAAGGCACUUUUAAGAAGGAUCUUAGAGCCUUUUAAAACAUAUAGAUAGUAUGGAUAACAUUUUCUGUCAAGUAAUUUUGCCUAUAAAUGAAGCACCACACAUGUGUGGUUGAGAAGUUAUGGUGUUCUCUAACAAACUAUUUUGCUUUCAGACUACCACAGUAUUAUUAUUAUUAUUACCACAUUAUUGCCUUAAUAAAUGUAUCGGAAAAUUGUUUGUCA